UAACCCUAAAUAGGCGCGUGGCGUGCAAUAUCAUUUGGCGCCAAUCUGAGUCUGUUCCCGUUGGAUACUGAUGCUUCCGAGCAAAGCCCCUUAACUCCUAAACGAUUCUCCGAUUCGAUUUCAUGGCCACUCAAACUCAAACUCUCCGUCCUCCGAACUUCUCCGAGGAUGUAGCUUGGGUACCAAGUUGGUUUCAGAAUCUUAGAACAGAUGGGUUUAGUGAAUAUGCAAAGGAGUCUCAAGCUCUUUCUAUCCAAACAGAGAAGGAUUUGGCACCUUCUCCAGAAAAUGGUAUUGAUGUCAAAGGCCUUAAUGUAUUAUCAAGGGAAGAAGGUGGAUACAGGAGUUGCCAUUUAUUCUUAUCUGGAGGCGAUGCCUCAUCUCUUAGUGUUGCUCCAUCUCCUGGAAAUGUAUUCCAGUUUAAUCUGCAUCUUUCUUCAGAUGUGGAUUCACUCUUUUGCCCAACCCAAGAUUUGAAUCAAUCUCAUCACGCGGCUGCACCAAGUAAAGCUUUGUCGUUGCAACUUGCUCAAACUUCCUUAGAUUUUAGAGAAAAUGUACAUUCCAUGAUGGGCAGCCGUGCCUGUGAACCUGAUGCAUUGUCUUCUUUCAUUCCUGAACCAAUGAAAAAAGAUUCUUUAAAAUCUCUUGUUGAUACAAUUGGUUCUGUUAGACAACAGAAAGAAAAAUCCAAGGUCGAAUAUUUCAAAAGUGAUGAUAUCAGUGAUGCAGUUGAACUUUCUAUUGCAGCAUCUGAGGCAUUGGUCAUACAUGAUUUAGUAAAGAUGGAGUCAGUAUCAGAAACAUUGAGUACAGAAACUGUACUUGAAAUUGCACUUCGAGUGAAGCAGGCACGUCUUGAGGGGUUAGAAGAUGGCUUCCUUUCGUCAAGCGUAGAAUCUGACUGUAGUGAUUCCCUCUCUGAUUUAAAUGAUUUCCUUAUGGAAGAUGCCUAUGAAGAUAUAGGCUUAUCUAUUGGCGUUUCCUUUGAAGAAAAUCUUUCCAAUUCAGCUACAUCUCAUGGGAAAGGUGUGUCUGGUGAUGAAAAUUAUAAUGAAGGCAAUGGUAAACACGAAGAUAUAGUGCUUACAUCUAAGCUUGCUAAGUUUGAUUAUAAAUCUGAGCAAAAGAAGUUCCAAGUCAACAUGGAGAUGGAAGUGCAGCAAAAUACAGACUCACCUCCACAUUCUUUUUGUGCUGAGACGGUGAUGGAUUCUGAUGAUCCUGAUUUGGGUGCUGAGACGGUGAUGGAUUCUGAUGAUCCUGAUUUGGGUGCUGAGACGGUGAAGGAUUCUGAUGAUCCUGAUUUGGGUGCUGAGACGGUGAUGGAUUCUGAUGAUCCUGAUUUGGGUGCUGAGACGGUGAUGGAUUCUGAUGAUCCUGAUUUGGGUGCUAAUACUCCAAAGCAUUUUGUGAAAGAUCUUCCUACAUCUCAUGAAUACAAAGAUGAUAAGACCAAUGAUUUAUCCCUUAACAAGACAGAUGGUUUGGCUAUGGCUGAUCUUACUUCUAUCAACCCACAAAAUAGUCUGAACUCAUCACCUUUUCAGACUUCUGAAAAUUUCAAAGAUAAGAAAAAUGAGAACUGGGCAGCUUACCUAGCUCCAGAAAGAUUUAGAAGCCGCUGGUUAGGGGGAUGGGCAUGUAAGGAAUUAGAUUCCUCUUCAUUGAACCAGAACAAUGCAAAAUUGAACCAGAACAAUGCAAAAUGUAUUCCGAAGUUUCUAGUCAGGCAGACAAGCUUUCUUACAGAAUCUGCAGAUAUUGUUCCAAAUGAGCGCUCACGUGUGGUGAAACAUGAUCCCAACCGUGUCAGAGAGACAAGCUUUCUUACAGAUUCUGCAGAUAUUGUUCCAGAUGAGCGCUUACCUGUGCUGAAACAUGAUCCCAAGCGUCCCAGAGAGACAAGCUUUCUUACAGAAUCUGCAGAUAUUGUUCCAAAUGAGCGCUCACGUGUGGUGAAACAUGAUCCCAACCGUGUCAGAGAGACAAGCUUUCUUACAGAUUCUGCAGAUAUUGUUCCAGAUGAGCGCUUACCUGUGCUGAAACAUGAUCCCAAGCGUCCCAGAGAGACAAGCUUUCUUACAGAAUUUGCAGAUAUUGUUCCAGAUGAGAGCUCAUGUGUGCUGAAACAUGAUCCCAAGUGCGCCAUUAGUUCUCAACUAAGUAUGCCUUGUGAAGUUUCACACAACAAACCUGAUGAGGAUGUAUUGCAUUCUCAAGAUACGGUCAGAUGUUCUAAUCUAUCAUUGAUUGAUCCUCUCUGUUCAGUUGUUCCAUGUAGCAUUGCUUCAGAACAUGACUAUUACAAAGCUCUUAUGGACAAAGAAAAUGACACCAAGUAUUUUUCCCCGUUGGUCUCUGACUUUGAGGCGGACAAUUGUCAAAGGAAUACUACAUUGGACCGUAGAGAUGAGAAAAUCAUGUCUAUAAUAGAUGGGAAAGAUAUUCCAAUUAUUACAACAGAGGUGGUACAACAGAUGUCUGAGAAGUUAACCAGGGUCGAGCAUACUUGUCUUAAGACUUAUAGCAUGAUUACACCAAACCAAGAUGUUAAGCAAAAUUUUCAUUUGACACCACUUUCAACUAAUCAAAGUGAUGGUGCUGCUGCAUCUUUGGGCACAAGGGUUUCAGAGUCUCCCUCUGCAUCCAAGCAUGUAGAUGAAAACAAAAAUGAAGUGAAUAAUCAACAUUUGAUUGAUCAAAAGUCAAUUAUACAAAUAACCGAUGACAAGAGUGACGAGUUAAAUGCUUCAGAACUGACACAAAAGAGGAGGUCACCUAUUAAUCUAAACCAUAGAUCACGCCACCGCUUGCUGGGCCCUAAAGCUGCUGUAAAUGGUGUCAGUAUAGAGCAAAAUAUAAACCAAUAUGUAGUACCGGAGACUGUUGUUCAGCAUCAACCGAACAAUAAUCCUAGUAAGGUACAGAUUGAGUGCAGUAAAUCUGUUGAUGGAGAUGUUAGAGUCAGAAAGCAAGUACGUUUCUCAGAUAAAGUGGAAGAGCUUCAUCAGAAAAGAAAACUGUCAAAGUUGGAAUCUUCUCAUAAAUGUUCAUCUAUUAGAGCAAAAAGACAACGGGUUUCAAAGUCAUUAACUACUUCUGCACAUCGUAUGCGACAUCCUGUGAUAAAUUAUUGCAGAGGUGCAGUGAAUGAAUUCAUAUUUCGAGGUAUAGAGUUCCUCCUGACUGGAUUACCUAGUCAGAAGGAAAGGGAACUGGAAGCACUUAUAAGAAGUUCUGGUGGGGUGGUUCUUUAUGAUAUUCCCUCUCCACCAAAUUCAAAGGGCAAAAAAAGUUCAACCUUAUCUUGCUUGCAGCUUCCUAUUAUUCUAUGUAAAAAAAAGCUGCAAACCACCAAAUUCUUGUAUGGCUGUGCUGUUGGUGCCUCAAUACUAAAAGUUCACUGGCUUACUGACUGUCUUGCAUCUGGAACAAUUUUGCUACCUGAAAAAUACAUGAUUCUUCCAACUCGAGAUGACAUGAAGUGGACCAGAAUUGGGAAGGCAGUUCAUCACAUAAACCGAAAGCAUAUUUUUGAAAAAGUAGGCAUUAUGCUUCACGGGAAGCAUAGUUUCUGCACCAAAUUUGCAUGUAUCAUCAAACAUGGAGGUGGACGGGCAUUCAAAACUCUUCAAUGGUUAGUUCGGAGCACAGAUGAGGAAAGUACUUUGAUGGGAGCCAUUGUAGUUGAAGAAAAGGCUACAAUAUCACGUCACCUGAAGUCCUGUGCUUUGGAGCGGAAUAUUCCUAUUAUGACUUCUAGUUGGAUCAUAAAAAGCUUAUAUUCAGGAAACUUAAUUCCUUUGAGUUUGACCAAAGAAAACAGUAUGCAUUCACUGCAAUCUGUUCAAGUCCCUGAAGUUCGGAAUAAUAUUGAUAUGAGUGAAGAAAUAUAAUUUUUUCUAAGUCAUCAAUGAUUACUAUAUAUUGCAAAAUGUUUAUAAUAUUCUAACAUCGUGUUUUUGGCCUGCUUUGAAUCUUUUGGGUUACAAACAUUAUAAAUAUAUGUUUUUAUCAUUCUUUCUACAACAACAACCUUCAAAAUAUA